AUGCUGAUCAAUACGUUUUUGGACACGGAGGAUUUCGUGCAUCUUUAUUACCCCGAGGAUGAGCCUGCAGCAGCGCAAGGCUGUGGUGCCGGCGCGCGCAUGGCCUCCAAGUAUCCACCGAGACCACCUUCUCCUGAAUACUCCCAGGUGAUCAUUCCUUCUGCAAGCGACAUGACCGAGCGGUACCAUGUACCGCCGCAACCGGAGCCUCCACCAGUCAUGCGAGCUGCUGACCUCUACCCGCGACUGCGAACCCAGUACGAUGAGCCUGGGUUAGAUGCGGGAUUCACACCGAUAUGUGGCGAGUUUGUGCAGUGGGUAGGCCGCACAGCGGACGGCACUAUCGCAAUGUCAAACUACCGACUUCACGUCCAGCCCCGACGCCGUGAUGGCCUCGGUGUCUCCAUCCCGCUCCGUCUUAUUGAUGCUUUGGAACCACGCGAUCUUGUACACCUCAUUGUGCUUUGCAAAAAUGGACGCCAACUCAAAUGCACAUUCACCACUGGAGAUCACUGCCUAGAAUGGUGUAGGCGGUUGAACACCGCUCUAGCACCUUUAGGUUCAAUUCAGGAAACGUUUGCUGCUGCUUACGCGGCGUGGGCGAAGGAACAACCACCGACUUCAGUACACAGAGCUCUUAUAAGAGCAUCACAGUCUGCGCAGCGACAUUGGUUUGGACCAGAAGUGGAACGGUUAGGAUUCACAUCAAAAGGUGCGUGGAGAGUGACGGCAGCUAACGCGGAUUACAAGUUGUGCCCCUCGUAUCCACCUCUCCUAGUAGUACCUGCUUCGAUCUGUGAUGAAGACCUCAACUCUGUCGCAAGGUUUCGAGCUAUGCGUCGAAUCCCAGCUGUAGUUUGGCGUCACCGCGGCAACGGAGCAGUGAUUGCCAGAUCAUCUCAACCCGAGGUAGGCUGGCUGGGCUGGCGCAACACCGACGACGAACGAUUACUUGCUGCCUUCGUCAGCGCCUGCAACGCCGACAGGGGUAUGCAGCCACCUACUAACAACAAGCAACUGAAGCUUGUUAUCGUUGACGCUCGUUCCUACACAUCAGCCGUCACAAAUAGAGCUCGCGGUGGCGGCUGCGAGUGCCAAGCCUACUACCCGGCAGCUGACAUACAAUUCAUGUGUCUACCUAAUAUACAUUGCGUGAGAAAGAGUUUCCAACAAAUGAGAACGUUAGCGGCCGAGACAUUCGACAGCGCCAACUGGCACACCAAACUGGACAGCACGCUGUGGCUACAGUACUUGUCGGGCAUAGCGCGCGCCGCCAGCGUGGUGGCCCGCGCGGUCGCGGCGGGCCGGCCCGCGCUCGUGCACUGCUCCGACGGCUGGGACCGCACGCCGCAGAUCGUCGCGGGCGCACAGCUCAUGCUCGACCCCUACUACCGCACGAUCGAGGGUUUCCGAGUCCUAAUCGAACGCGAAUGGUUGGAUUUCGGUCACAAGUUUGCGGACCGCUGUGGACAUCAGUUCGGUCCGGAAGACCCCAAUGAACGAUCGCCUAUCUUCAUUCAAUGGCUUGACAUGGUGCAUCAGAUGAUGUUACAGUUCCCAUGCAGCUUCGAAUUUAAUGAGGCUUAUUUGAUCAAGCUGGGCACGCACGUGCACUCGUGCAUGUUCGGCACGUUCGUGUGCAACACGACGCGCGAGCGCCGCGAGUGGCGCGCGCACGACCUGGCGCCGCACGUGUGGCACCUGCUGCGAGCGCCCGCCUACACCAACCAUCUCUACUCGCCCGACCCGCUCGACCAGACUAUCUGGCCGGAGUGCAGCGCGCGGUCGCUGUGCGUGUGGGGCGCCAUGUUCGGGUCGUACAAAGACGCGCGCCACGAGGACCGCGAGCGCGACGCGCGCCCCGCCGUCCCCGCGCUCCUGCCCGCGCAUAACGGCAUCAUGACAAAAACAAGAUCGUGUGAUAAUCUUUUGAACGAUGGAGAGAAACGAACAGCUCAAAGAAGAUGUAGUGACCCAAGCUUAGCGCCCGAUGUUAUGAAACUAUCGAUGGUAGUAUCUAACGAGUGUGAGAAUCGAAACGAAUGCAGAGCAGCUUUAACUGACAGUUGCGUAGAUGACCUCCCCAUAUUACCCGUCAGCGAGAACGACAGCUCUCGUGAACAAGACCAAGUGGACGGCCUUCACCCGGAUCAUUUCGAAAACAGCACCCACUUACCGCGGGACAUCGCCAGCGGUUCGUCCUCUCUGGAGCGAGAGUUAGGUGCCGCUGCUGCCGUCACAGACAAAGUGAUCGACCACAGCGACGACGUCAUCGAUGUCGUCUCCACACCCGACCCUACGAUCAAUGGCACGGUGGUGGACGUGACGUCACCGGAUGUGGACACGCCUGAAGAGCCGCCCGUGUUCGUGUCUGACACCUACACGGAUAUCCUCGGGAUGCAAGAUGCUGCUCGCGAGUCAGGCCGCACCCGCAACAUCAGCAUCACAUGGCGGUCUAUUUCGGAGUCUUCCAACCAGUCUUCGACAGGAUUCGAAUUGCACGAGGGGAGGGGAGAGCCGGCAGUUUCGCGUAACACUUCCCACGAAACCUCGCCUCUCGACAGCCACAAUUUAACAGAAGGCGACAGAGCGAACCAUAACGUGCUCUUAGACAUAUCCCUAAGUCUUAAUGGAGUGACGAAUGGCGGUGGCCACGUUGUCGAUGACGUCUCUACUAAGUUUUUAGAAGUCGAUUUGAACGGCGGUGCGACGUCGAGCAGCAUGAGCUCAGAGAGCGAGGGCGAGGCGCAGGCGGCCCCGCGGCGCACGCGCGUGGCGAGCCAGCUCACGCUGUGCCCCACCUCGCCGCGGAGGGUCGACUGCUGCCGCUGCUCCAGGCGCGCCAGCAACACCAGCGGUAUCGAGACGUCGGGCGAGUCCGGCGGCAGCUCGGAGCUGUGCUGGUGCGGAGGCUGCGGCGGCUGCGGCGAGUGGGGGGGCGCGGGGGCCGUGCGGCCCGACCCGCUGGACGGCCUGCCGCCCGCGCUAGACCCGCUACAGGCGCGCCUGCAGCAGAUCAUCCUCAAUCAUAAGAAAGUGGUGGAGGAGCUGACGGGCCAGCUGCGGCACGCGCGCGAGGCGCUGCGCCAGACGUCGCCGGGCGGGGGGGGCGGGGGCGGGGGCGGGGGCGCGGGCGGCGGGGCGGAGCCUCGCGCGCUGGCCGCGCCGCCCGCGCCGCACGCCGCCACGCACACACAGAAGUCGGCGGGCGCGUUUGUGACGGGGCGCAGCGGCAGCAGCAGCGGCUCGGCGUCCGAGGUGGAGGUGGGCGAGGAGGCGCGCGGCGUGGUGUGGCUCCCCGACAGCGCCGCGCCGCGCUGCCAGCACUGCAAGAACCACUUCUGGCUCGCGCGCAGGCGCCACCACUGCAGACGGUGCGGCGGCAUAUUCUGCGGCUCGUGCUCGGAGAUGAGCGCGUGGGGCUCGUGCGGCGCCGUGCGCAUGUGCCGGCGCUGCCGAGCGCUGCGGUGA